AUGACAGCAGACCCAGAGUCCCAAGCACGACAGCAGACCCAGAGUCCCAGGAAUGACACCAGACCCAGAAUCCCAGGAAUGACAACAUACCCAGAGUCCCAGGAACGACAGCAGACCCAGACUCCCGGGAACGACAGCAGACCCAGAGUCCCAGGAACGACACCAGACCCAAAAUCCCAGGAACGACACCAGACCCAGAGUCCCAGGAACGACACCAGACCCAGAGUCCCAGGAACGACACCAGACCCAGAGUCCCAGGAACGACACCAGACCCAGAGUCCCAGGAACGACACCAGACUCAGAGUCCCAGGAACGACACCAGACCCAGAGUCCCAGGAACGACACCAGACCCAGAGUCCCAGGAACGACACCAGACCCAGAGUCCCAGGAACGACACCAGACUCAGAGUCCCAGGAACGACACCAGACCCAAAGUCCCAGGAACGACACCAGACUCAGAGUCCCAGGAACGACGCCAGACCCAAAGUCUCAGGAACGACACCAGACCCAGAGUGCAGUUAAAAACUUGAAAUAG